UCGUAUUAGUAGUUACUGAUCUGUCGUCACCAUAUUUUUAUUAGAUAAACCGGAUCUUCUCAGCGUUCUGUUUCCUGUUUGGUGCGAUUUGAAAUCGUUGAUCUUGACUUGAGUUCUGGUUAAUUAACCCGCCUGCGCCGGUGUUCAGCGGGACGUAUGCAGCGCGGCGGGACGGAGGAUGUUUCUCAGGCUUUUUAUUCCUACCUUCAUCCUGUGCAUGGAAGUAGGAAUAUUCUACCUGUUUUCUGUGUCUCACCUGUUUCUCCUCCAGUAACCUGUUAGUAAUGCAUGUUUUCAUCGGGUGCAGCUGAAACCUUAAUGACCCUAAAACUGAACUCCAUUCAUGACUGAACCGUCUCUGUUUCUGUCUCUUAAUCCAGCAGCUGUUCAUGUUUUUAUAGGUUAACUUUAUGUUUCCAUUAAUUUCUGUACAUCUGAGCCACCAUUUACUGAUGUGAUUAUGGGAGGGGGGGGAAAUGAUAAUGCUAAUUUAAAUGUCUAAAUAUCAUGUCAUUUCUUGCUGUCUUAUUCAGUUUUAUUCAUAUAAAAUGAUUGUGAAUUUAAAGGUAAAGAUUUAACAAAGAACCUCAAUGUUUUAAUUGAAAGAGUCCUUUGCUGACUGCCUGCCCCUAUUGCUGGCCAUGGUGUCCCCCCUUUCCAAGAGUGUGGUUUGACCAUUCUGGGCCCCUGGGCAGACCAAAAAAGGGAGCCAUUGUGAAUGAAGACCGCUUUUCCCAUUAGGCCCAGGCCGGGUGGUGAGGAUGCCAUGGGGUUAGGAGCAGAUGUGGGUUCAGCUCUAAUAGGUGGAUAUGGGCGCUGGGGAGGAAGGGACAGGUACGGUCCACCUGUCCGGACCGAUUACCGGCUCAUUGUUGAGAAUCUUUCCAGCCGCUGCAGCUGGCAGGACUUAAAGGACUACAUGAGGCAGGCGGGGGAGGUGACGUACGCCGACACCCACAAGGGCCGCAAGAAUGAGGGCGUGAUCGAGUUCAGGCAGUACUCCGACAUGAAGAGGGCUCUGGAGAAGCUCGACGGCACAGAGGUGAACGGCAGGAAGAUCCGCCUCAUCGAGGAUCGUCCCGGCGCCAGGCGCCGCCGCUCCUAUUCCCGCAGCCGCUCCAGGUCUCGCUCCAGGAGCCGCAGGUCUCACAAGAGCCGCAGCCGCAGCGAGAGCAGCAGCCGCAGCCGAUCCCGCUCCAGAGCUGCUUCACGAUCCCGCAGCCGAUCUCGCAGCAAGAAGAACAAGAGCAAGAACAAGAAAGACGAGGAAGAGCGCAGCAACGGCGCUCAGAAGGACGACGACCGCAGUCGCAGCCGGAGUCGCAGCCGCAGUCGCAGCCGCAGCCCCAAGAGCAAAAAGAGUAAGAAGGAGGGGAAGUCUGCCAAGAAGGAGGAUUCCAGGUCCAGGUCCCGCUCCAGGUCCCGCUCCAGAUCCCGAUCCAGAUCCAGCCCUAAAGAUCGCCCCAGAAAGUCCACCUCACCAGACCGCGAGCCGCCCAAGAGCGACAACGAGGCGGGCGACGCCGAGAGGGCAUCCCGCUCCCGUUCCCGCUCUCCGGACGAGCCCAGACCCAGGUCCAAGUCCAAAUCGCCGUCUGCGUCUCCGGCCAAAGCCGGCUCCCGUUCCCGCUCUCGUUCCCGCUCCGAGUCCCGCUCCAAGUCCCGUUCCCGCUCUCGUUCCCGCUCCCGCUCCUAGUUCAGAUCCUGGACUGUGCAUCACGAUCCCCCCCGCCCCCAUUUACAUUCCCGCUCCCCUCCGACGCCCGACCGGGUUUUUGAUAAGUACCUGUAGAGCAGCCGGCUCCUUCAGCACACGCCCCCUUCAUUUAACUCUGACCCCGCCUCUUUUCCAGUAGAUGUUUGUGAAAUGCAGAGGGGAUCUGGUUUUUAUAAGUUCUGAUGAUGGUCUGUGUUUCUGUGUUCUUUUUUUUUUUUUUUAUCUGAUGUAGAAGCCAAGCCGCUGGCUGGGAAUGAGAUUCCUGGUCCGUUCAAUCCUUGUUGAAUUUCGGUUCAGAAUAAAGUGUCUGUUUUCAACCA